GCCAUCUUACUUUUCUUUGCUCUCAAAACAACUACAAAUUACAGCUUGUAUCACUGCGUUUCCCAGCGGGUAAUUUUGACAAUAAUUUAUACAGGAAUCUUCCUCAAUUAUAAAAUAUCAACUGCUAAGGAGGAUAGCACGUCGGAGGGACGUUAUUUCAAGAGAGCCCACCAUUGUUGUGUCAUAUCGAAAUUGGUUUUAAAGAGAGGGAAAACGGAAAUAGGCUACAGAUUUCCCUACAGAGUUUCGACAACUGAAUGUCUAACGACAACUUUCAGCCAGAAUUCAAGCUCUAUACUGGCUGUUGAUAUACUGUUGUUCUAGUCAAGAUGAGAGGAAAUCGAGGUGAAUGACAGCGACAUAAAAUGUCUCGGAAUUCGAGCAAGAGAAACAGUUCUAAUCGUGGAUCAACGGGAUCGGACACAGCUCGUUCAACACUGAAGGUUGUCCUUUCAAAUGGCGAUUCCAGAUCAGUGAAAUGUGGCGAAGCAACAGAUGUUAAGGGAAUUGUUCAUUUGGUGAUUGGAAGUCUUGGUGCUGAUCCGAUAACUGCAGGAGACUACUAUGGCAUUAAACUUGAACAUGUCAAUACAAAUGAGUCCUUCUGGCUCAACAGUAAGGUCACAAUUGGUGAGGUACGAGGCAAGCAUGAGGCUCUUUAUCCUGCAGAUGAGUGGAAGUACCAACUAAGAGUGCGAUAUUUUCCUAAAGAUUUGAAAGAGCUGUACACCAGAGACAAAGUUACUUUCUUUUAUUUAUUUGAUCAGGUCAAGAAUGACUACCUCCAACACAACAGUGAAAAAGCAGAUGAAGACACUGCAUUUAGACUUGGAGUUCUGGAAAUGAGGAGGUAUUUUAAGGAUAUGCCUCAAAUAGCUCUUGACAAGAAAUCAAACUUUGAGUACAUUGAGAAAGAAGUUGGCUUGACCAAAUUCAUACCAAAGGCUGUUUUGGAAAACAUGAAGUCCAAGCUUUUGCGGAAGACCAUCCAUGGUUAUUUUAAGCAGUAUGCACACUUGAGUGAAGUGGAAUGCUGUUACACUUUUUUUGAUAUUCUUUCCAAACUUCAUCGAUUUGAAUUGGAGUCUUUCAGAUGCUCCUUAGGGACUGGUUGGACAAUAGCAGUAGAUGUGGUUAUUGGGCCCAAAGAUGGAAUAAGUUACCGAGCUGAACGUGGAUCACUUAUUACACACAUGGCUGAUUUCCAUCAAAUAACUUCAAUUUCAAUAACAAGAAUACCACUCAUUACAUCAUCUGUCCAGACUGAUAAACAAAAAGCUACUGUUAGUUUGAAAGUGUUAGGAGCUGCUGAGCCUCUUGUGUUCACCACAUUCUCAUUAGCUAAGGCUGAAGAGAUGGCCGACUUGAUUGAUGGAUACUGCAUGCUCUUUAGUGGAAACAAACAUUCACUGGUCUUUAAGAAACUAGAUAUUGAGAGAUCUCUGCCAUCAAUUCCAAUACCAGCUUCUCCAAAAACUGAGGAAAAAAACAGCCCAUCUAUUUUCUCACCAACCCUGAAACAAAACACGCCAACUUUGGGAAAUGAUUUUGCUGAGAGGAAGAACUCUGUUACCUCACCUGUGCAGAGAAAAAAUGGAGAGUUUGAUGAUUAUGCUGAGAUUGUUGAUGAUGAUCCUGAUUACGCCCAUCCUAUGGCAGCCAAAGAUUAUCAAAUUCCCCGGACAAAGUUGAUAUUGGAGACGAUAAUAGGACAGGGUCAGUUUGGAGAUGUACACAGAGGAACCUUCAUCAGUCCAGAUGAUCCUAAUUUACAAGUGGCUAUUAAAUCAUGUAAGAAUCCGGAUUCAAGGGAGAAAUUCCUGGAAGAGGCAUAUACAAUGAAGCAGUUUGAUCACCCGCACAUCAUAAAGCUCAUUGGCGUGUGUACGGAUGAAGAAUUUUACAUUGUAAUGGAACUGGCUGCAUAUGGAGAGAUGAGAUCGUAUCUUCAGAAGAGCAGACACUCCAUUAACCUAGAAACACUACUUAGUUACAUUUUUCAACUUAGUACGGCCAUGUCAUACCUUGAGAGCAAGAAUUUUGUACACAGGGACAUAGCAGCUCGUAAUGUCUUGGUAUGUACGCCUAAAUGCGUCAAACUAGCAGACUUUGGUCUGUCAAGAUGGGUCGAUGAACAGGCUUACUACAAAGCUUCAAAGGGUAAACUUCCAAUCAAGUGGAUGGCUCCAGAAUCAAUUAAUUUCAGGAGAUUUACAACCGCUAGCGACAUCUGGAUGUUUGGUGUGUGUAUGUGGGAAAUCCUCAUGUACGGUAUCAAACCCUUCCAAGGCGUUAAAAAUAAUGAGGUGAUUGGCAAAAUAGAGAAUGGAGAGCGACUUCCCCUCCCCCCUAACUGCCCACCUUCUCUGUACCACAUUAUGUUUGAAUGCUGGUCUUAUGAGCCCUCUAAGAGACCGGUCUUUCAGGAUCUCAAGACGCGUCUAAGUGUAAUCGUCCAAGAAGAAAGAUUUCAGGCAGAUGAAAAAGUCAGAAGGGAAACUCGAAGAAUACAGGCGCUGUCGAUGGGAGCCAUACAAGACUCUGUCGCCCCACCCAAGCCCUCAAGACCUGGGAUCCAGCCAUCUUUUGUACAAAUCCCUUCUGGUGCGGCUCAAUCCUCGGCAAUGUCAACAUUUGACAGCAGUAGAGGAGUAACAAGUCCGAGAGGGUCAACUCUGCCAGCUCAGUACCCUGGGAAUCCAGGAUCACCCAGAUCUCCUCGUUCACCACAGUCUCCAUCGUCCCCUUCCCGGACGCUCCCAAGGAACUUCAAGUCGUACCACGAGGCCAGCGGUGUCCACGCAUUGCUGGAACAGCCAUAUCGGAAUUCUAUCGGUGGGAGUCAAACCUUACCGAAAAAUUAUAAAGCGACCAGUCCAGUAACAAGUCCUCUUGGGAGUCCAACGAAAUCCAGAGAUGCCGUUAUUGAUUUACCGAGUGACGAGGAACUGAAACGACGAGAAGAUGCUGAAAAAGCCCAAAUGGAAAUGAGAGAGCAGGCCAUGUUUCGACAAAGGCUUCGCCAGCAACGCCUUCAAUCAGAGGCAGAUUCCAAAUGGCUUCAACAAGAAGAGCAGAACAUUGAGCUCCCCUUUUCACCGGUACAGCAAUCACCCAAGAGUCCUAACUUCCUCUCCCCUGAGGACGGAGUUUCGGCGGCGGUAGAAUCAUACAACCCACGUGGAUCAGCGUCAUUCAUCGAACAGCGCCAAGCAGCCAAGGAAUAUCACAGUACCCCAGUGGAUCCACCGAGCCAUCAGGCUGCUACAAUAGCCGAUACAGAUAUGAAUGAAACAACUGUAUUGACGCAGAGAGAAGAAGAUCCCAGAGAAGACCGCUCCACAGACACUGUGUUCAUUAACACCACUCAUGUGGUGCAGGCUGUUAUUGGUCUAAACAAUGGCUUACCAUUUGCCCGGUGUGAAGAUUACCCGACCUUUGUUAAGGCAAUCGGUCUUUCGCUCAGAGAUUUACUAGCACGCGUUGACGAAGAAAUUCACAGAUUAGAUCCGUCAUCCCACAAGGAAGUGGAAAUGGCCCACAAAGUGCUCUCCUCUGACAUGGCUGAGCUGAUCAACUCCAUGAAAAUGGCGCAGAAAUACAGCACUACUACACUGGACCAGGAAUACCGCAGAGGGAUGUUGUCUGCUGCGCAUGUGUUGGCUGUUGACGCCAAGCAUCUGUUUGAUGUUGUAGAUGAAGCCAGGAAGCAGUCUGCAAAGUUGUCAUCCAGCGCCUAAUUCAACUUAGGCGUGAAUUACGUUCACGAAACUUGGGCACAACGUGGAUAUUUUAUUCGGAAUAUCUCGGUUCGUGUCAGAGGAACUUAAUAAAUCGAAGGAUGAAAGAGAACGCCUUCGAAGGAGCAGAUAACCUCGUCUUUUACUUAGCUACAUGGAGUAAAAUAUACCGCGCUGCUGCUUUAAAGAAAGGAUCGUUUCAUGAGAAGAUUUAAGGAUCUUCAAUUGACUCUGCGAUAACAUGGCAGAUUGAAAAACCCUGUGAGAUGCUUUUGUUGGCUUUUUUUCAUGUGCUGUGAAAGAGCAUGUUUGGCAAAUGACUUGUGGAGUGACACGUUGAUUUGAGUGUCAUGCUCAACAAUUUGAUAAUUCAGCUGUUGUGUUCGACCAAUAGUUGUUGUUCUUGGUUUGUGAGCUGCCUGUGUUCAUGGAUAUCUUCUUUCUUGGCCGCUUUGUGGACUUAUGCCAGGGAAGUCGAACACCUACCUGCCUUUCAAUUACCAAAUUUUUAUACUUUUUAGAAACGAUGAAAGAAAUUUGUAAUGCUGCGAAGCUAUGCACUUUGGCCGACUCUUUGAACUAAGGGCUAUAUAUUUUGGACCAUCGACUUGAGAUUUUUUUAGACUUACUUAAAGUUUUUACUCUAUUAAGGGACUUCUGAAUUUCUUCUCUUCUACAGCUUUUGCCUGUAAGGGUAUUUUCUUGUGGUAUGAAAUUUCUAAAAAAGUAUCGUGUUAAUCUUGAAGCUUAAUUAGAUUGUUUUAAUUUUAAUCCCGAUAAAAAAAAUGAAUACGCAAUGAAUUGCAUGCCGUUUGAAAUGAUACAAAGUUCGAAGCUAUUUUUUAUAUGAACUUUUAAAAGGAGUUAGUUGAUGUGGAUAGUUAAUUGCUGUACAUAUAAAAUUAAAUUGGUUUAGGUUACUUUGUGUACAUUUCAGCUUUGUAUCGCAUGUUACGAUCGCGAACUUUUAAACGCACUGCAACGAGUGAUGAACACGCGCGAAAAUUUCGCAUAUGGCGAAGUUUGGUUUUGAUUGAUAUUUCAAAGCUAAUGAGUUUGAAUUCUGUAGUUUUAGUUAUUACACAAUUGAACAGUUUUUACGUAUUUUCAUUCGGCUGGUGUACUCCGCAAGAGCCACCGGAUGUUGUAAUGAGGCCAUUUUGUUCGUUUUAGUUGACUUUACGUCUAUAGUCGGUAGUAUUUCUAACAGAAAUAAAAUGCAAUGGAACUAUA